AUGGCGACACCAGAAACUCAUCCCAUCCUACGGUUUAAUCCCGAGUCGAUGCAGUGGGAUAUGUGGAAAGAAAACCUCCACAGCUAUAUCGAAUUCGCCGACAUCCCCGUGGAGAAGCAGAAAGGGCUGCUUCUGAACUCGCUGGAGGUCAAGCCAUUCGAGAUGCUUGUCUCGAUGUGCAGGCCGACUGCCAUCACGGACAAGAAACUCACCAUAGAAAUGCUGCUGGCCAAAUUGGAUACAGUGUACAACAAGUACACAUUCAAGGUCGCGGAGUGGGCACACCUGUUCCGAACUGUCCAAGGGAAGGACGAAUCGCUGGCGGCAUACUCCAGCAGGUUACGGUACAGGAGUACCGUAUGCAAGUUUCCCGCUGACAUCAUCGACCCGAUGCUCAGCGCCGUCUUCAUAAACGGCAUCCAGUCGGAUUCCGUCCGCCGUCACCUACUGAUAAACGAAUACCAGACCCACGAAGAGACCCUGAACGCCGCCAGGAAGAUGGAAACCGGCAUUGAAGAAGCUACGGCCAGAACAAAGUCCAUCCAGUGCACGUUGUUCACAAACUAA